UUUGCAUAGACAUCCUACCAGAGCACAGUAUAGGCAGGGGUUUUGUGGUGAAGAUAAAAUAACCACACUUUAUUCUUUCAUUUUGUUGCACUGGAAGGAUUACCCAACACUCUAAAGUUGACCUCCGUGCCAAUCAUGAGAAAAAUUAUGCAAACCCUGUGGAGGAUUUUGCCUGUGUUACUAGGCAUGUGUUUCAUCUGGAGUUUAACAUAUUUCAUUCUGAGAAAAGCUGACCAGGAGGACAUCAAUGUGAUGUGUCACAACAAACUGAGGCUGCAUGAGAAAGGGCGGAUGGAAACAAACAGGUCUGAAGACAUAAUAAAGAGCAUUGACAAGUUUGCAGAUAUUCUACUGAACAUCGUGGAACUCCCGGGCAAUUUCUCUCACCCACCUCCUUUGAAUGACUACAAAGAAGAAUUAACGGCACUCCAAAUUAAAAUCGAGGCAAUGAAAGAAAAAGCACAAAUGAAGGAUGACAUGGUUAAGGAGCUGCGUUCUGAUAAACUCCAACUGCAGCAACAACUGGCUCACUUGGAGGAACUCCUAAAGCUACAGGCGAUGGAGAAGAAAGUCCAACAAGUCAAAUCUGAUGAUAAAAUGAAAGAGGAUGAAAAUUGCCCACUACCACCCAUGGAUGGAUACCCAGACUGUCUGGAGAAAUUGAAGUGGAUGAAGGACAUGUGGAGGAGUAACCCAUGCUACAGUGAUCAUGGAGUGAAUGGGUCUCUGUGCUCCAACCUUAUCUACCUGAGUGAGAUAGAGCACUGGUGCCCUAAGCUUCCAGGACGAGUGAUCCCUUCAACUUUAGUGCACAAUUCAGAGGGAGGGCUUGACCGUGCGGUGGUACGGGACACUCUAAAAAGUCUGGAUCCAUCUCUGGAAGACAGAAGGGAUUUCCGUUGGAUUCACAGAAGAAUUCGCAGUAUGGAAAAGAUUUGGGUUGAGGCUGGACGCUCUCUUUCAGCCAAAUACGACCUCACAGAUCGGAAAGCUAAACAUAUACUGGUGUAUCCCGCAGCAGUGGCGGGUGGAAUUGCAAGGGAUGCCUUCAGGGGGGGGCCCCUUGGUGAACUCGUCCAGUGGAGUGACCUCAUCUCCACACUUUACAUUCUGGGUCACCAUCUUCACCUUUCUGCCUCCAUUCCAGACCUCAAAUCUUUUCUAGGUAUUAGUGACUGCCCGCCUCGUCUUUCGGUGGAACCAAACCUGAUCUAUACAGACAUUGUUGGCCUUAAAGAGAUUCAGAAAGCACUACAGACAUCCUGGAUCAAAUACAAGUGUAUAAUUCGUGUGUUGGACACUUUUGGUACUGAACCAGACUUCAAUCAUCCAACGUGGGCUCAAAAGCACAACCUUAUGAGUUCAUUUGGCAGACUGAACCUGAUCCCAAUGCAGUUCUACACCAUGUUUCCUCAUACACCAGACAACACAUUCCUGGGCUUUGUUGUGCAGCACCAGCUGAGCUCUGAAGAAACUGAGCGGCUCAAGUCUAUCAGAAGAAAAAACCAGGCACUUGUGUAUGGCAAGCGUGCCGAUUUUUGGCAGGGUAAAGAAGCUUAUCUGGACAUUAUCCACAAGUACUUGGAAAUCCAUGGGACGGUUGAUAACAGUGCUUCGAUCCCAAGCUAUGUGAAAAACCAUGGCAUUAUCAAAGGCACUGAGGUACAGGCCCUGUUGAGACAGAGCAAGGUUUUUGUGGGAUUGUCUUUCCCAUAUGAAGGCCCUGCCCCAUUGGAGGCCAUAGCCAAUGGCUGUGCUGUCCUGAACCCUCGGUUACACCCUCCGCAGAGCAGUCUGAACACAAAGUUCUUCAAUAAUAAGCCCAACAUCAGAGAGGUGACAUCCCAGAAUCCUUAUGUCGAGGCCAUAGGGGAACCCUACGUAUUCACGAUAGAUAUGCACAACUCAACAGAUGUGGAGAGAGCUCUAACUGCUAUCCUCAAUCAGAGUAUUGAGCCAUAUCUUCCCUAUGAGUUUACUUGUGAAGGGAUGCUCCAGAGGGUCAACGUCCUGAUUGAAAAACAGGACUUCUGCCACAGUACAGGGAGCUGGCCCCCACUGAGCGCGCUCCAGGUUGUGAAGGCAGAGGCACACACUUCCUGUAAACAGGCUUGCCAGGAGGUGGGGCUGAUCUGUGAACCUGCAUUCUUCCCACAUCUUAACAGCGCCAAUAAUCUUGCCAAGUACAGUGUGGAUUGUGAAACGUCAGAGAUUUCUGACAGUCACAUUGUAUUUCCAGCCUACAGAAACAGUAGCAAACACUGUAUGUUCCAGUCGGAUCCCCUGCUCUUCAGCUGUGUGAGGUCAGACCACUCCUUUAUCCGCAUCUGCCCCUGUAGAGACUACAUUAAGGACCAGAUAGCCUUAUGCAAGGCAUGUAUCUAACGGCUGGACUGAAAACAAUGUUCUUACUGGGUAUAAAAGUAAAUAAAAAGUAUUUAUGUGUGUUUUAUCUGAAUGGCCAGACUCACAACUCACAAACUGAUCCCUCAUAGACAGUUGGGCUACAAUUUAAGCCAUUAAAGAUUACGUUCAAAAGUAUUUGACACAGUAACUGUAUUCACAAAUGCAGCUUGUAACACCUGCCAUGGUUACCAUUUAUGGGCAACAAUGCUGUUUACAGGAUUUUCUUCAGGUUCAGUAUUUGUUGGCAGCCAUUUGAUGGACAAAUGGCUCAUUGUAAGGUAACAAAAACCCAAUGAUUCUUAUAUCCAGGUUAUUAUAAACUAAUGAAAACAUAUCUAUGUUACAAAGUGGACCUUUAAAAAGUCCUGCAAAGUCCCCCUGUUUAAUGAUGGACUCGAUUUACUGUGUUUUUUUUGCCCUGCCCAAUGUGAAAUGUUUUUUUUGAUUGGGCUUGAAAGACUAAAUGAACAUGUUACGCCAACCUCAACUGUACAUGCCAACUUACUAAUCGGGUUGAGCAUUAGUCUGUGAAGCCCUGAAUUCAGCCACCGCUUGUCUGUCAAUGAUGCUUUCCAGAGUGUUUCACAGAGUCUUGUGAAACUGAAAAGAAGUAAUCAGAUAAAGGAAAUGGAUUCCUAUUUUCCAGCCAUCUCCUUGAGGCGCACUUAAUGCACAUUGUCUUGCCAGAGCAGAAAGAGUGCGGACCUGCAAUGAUGAUGCAAAAGUGUGAAAUUGAAUCAGGGCAGGUGGGAGAACAUACUGAAGUGAGAAGUGUCUUUUUUAUUAUAAAAUGCAUUAGUCUUUACUAGUCUCUUCAAAAUAAUGCACUGCCAAAAACAUGUCUGUUACACACCAAGACUGUGUUGCAAAGUAUUCUGUAUGUGUAGAAAAAAGACCAUGUCUCAACAUUGCGGAUGAAUAAGCAGGAUAAAACUUUAUUAAUCAAUAAAACUUUGCUCUUUGACAAAGAGAUAGCUCAUAGAUCUUUUACAUAAAUAAAUGGUGUUUACAUCAUCUGUAAUACCACUGAUGUCAUUACUGUACAAACAGACAUAAUAAUUCUGUUACAUAGUCAGAUUUAUCAGAAAUUCAGUUACAUCUUUCCAUGUUUGUUUUGUUGUGUGUGCGUGUGUGUGUGUGUGUGUAAUGCAUUAGUAACCACUAAAGCUGUAAGGGUUUUUACAAGCCCAUGCAAAGCAACUGAGAAGUGGUUAGUAUUGCUAUUAUCAUUUGUGGAAAUUAAGUCAAAUGAAUGGUUUGAUGCCUCUUGUGGGGCAAUAAUAAUAUGUCAAUUCAUCAAUACGAGUACAAUCGAAUGAUACACACAUGUCAGAUGGGUGGACAGAUGUUUUCAGUGAUUUGGCACAGUUCAUAAAGCUGCAGAUUUCCUCAUUUUUCUGAGCUAUUUCAAUGAAACAAUGAAAUUGAUUUAAAUAUUAUACCACCUGUAAAAUUAAUAGAGGUUUUAGUGUUUGUGCAAACAAGUAAUACAUGUUUAUAGGUCAUUUCUUUACUAACCUCUAGCAGUCUGUUGGUGAGAUGGAUGAAACAUUUCAUAGGGCAGUGGAAAAAUCACAUUAUAGAUGAAUGAAAUGCAAUCGCAACUCCGUAGAAUUACAUAUAUUUAACACCGUUUUUUUGGCAUUCAGCUUUUGCACUUACCCAGUGAUUUACAGUAAGCGCAACAGCUUCAAAGAUAACUCAUUACUAAGGAGUAUGGGGGGGGCACGAUCACAGCACCCGGCCAGUUUAAGCCAAAAUGUGAAGAGAAGUGGUAUGAAAAUAAAACAAAGUGCAAAGAAGAGAGGUAGAAAGGAUUUUGUCGCCAAGUCUACCCAAACACAAUAAAAUGAACCAUAUAAGCAACAGAGAUAGUAAAUCAUACCAUUACUAAGACUGACUUACUAUGAUUUUGUUCUGUGCCAUGUGUGGUGGUUAUUAGCGUGUAAACACUGUGCUUUGCUAAUAAAAGUCACUGUAAAGAU